UAAUGAAAUUGAGAUAAAAAAAUACAAAACAAAACAAAACAUACUUAGUAAAAAAUUUAGAAAAAAAAAAAUACAGAACUUUCAUCAGUUCUCCUUCUCCCAUAUCUAGAUAUUUGGAAUCACUUCAUCUAAAAAAAAACUUAAAUUUUUUCUUUUCACCAUAAAAAGAGCGGGAAAAUUAAAACUAUUAAGAUACUAUCUUAUCUAUUUAUUCUUACAAAUUGGAUGACGAUAUUUAUGUGUGUUUACUGUUUUUCACAUUACUUUAACCUCUUUUCAUUUUAUUUGUUGUUUUAUAUAUCAUCUAUGCAUAAACUAUUUUAUUUUAUUAUAUUUAGGAUCCUCACCAUUGGAAGAAUUCCCAAACCUCCAUAACCAUACCAACCAAUCCAUCCACCAUAAUUAUGUACAUUAACCACCCAAUUACCAUCUUAAAACCUUCAAUAAAUGCAUAAUAUCAUUCCAAUUACGUACAUUUUUAUUUUUAGAAUAAUGUAAUCAACGCAUUGAAUGUCAACUUUUCAACCAUUUAACUAAAUCCAAAAUCACAAAAGAUCUCUAAAUUAAACACUUCAUUUCAAUAAGUAGAUUAAACUACUAAUUCAAAGUUUAACCUCAUGUCCAAAACGAAUCCGAUUUGA